AUGCCUGCUGAGAAGAAACUGCCACCUCCGCCUCGGAAGAGGAAGUUUGCAGUGGAGUUCCCCGACGACUAUGGGUCGACAGACACGCCAAGGGUUCAGCUCUGGCCCGAGGUUGAUCGUCUGUGGAUGCCGUCAAGCCGGGAGUGUCAAGAGACCUUGUCCCCAGUUGCUGCAACUGUUGAGAGCGUCUCGGAUGCCUGGAGGUCCCAGCAAUCUGCUUUAGCCACACGUCAUCAUGUCAUAAUGUUAGAAGAUCAAAUAGUAAAAUUGAAAAACGACAUGAAGAAGGCAAAGCAGGAGGCUGGUCGUCUUGGCGAUGUGGCCAAGGAGGCGACGGCAAGGGCUGAGGCGCUGCAGGUGAGUCAGGAGGAGGGGGCUGCUGAGGUCGCGCAGCUGAAUGCUGAGAAGGAGACGCUGGUUGUCCAAGUUGACGAGCUGAAGAAGUCUCUCUCCAAAGUCAAGGCUAGGAUUUACGAGUGCGCUGGUUACUACACUUGGAAAAUGAAGGCCGAGAUGAUGGAGGAGUUCAAGGCGGGCAAACAUGUGAACUGGACUCCUGACGAGGACAUUGCUCAGUUUAACACUGCAUUCCCCAAGGACUAUAUCCCCCCUGGUGCCGUUAGCGAAGAAGAGGACGUCGAGGAGGGUGCAACUGCAACCAGCCCCGAUGUCGAGACGAUGGCGGCACCAGGCGAUGGCGAACAAGGGGAGAAUGCAGGCCCAGCAGACCAUCAGGAGUAG